AUGGCAUACGCAAGUGUCCAGAUGUUCAUGGAAAAGUUGAAGCAACUGAUAUACUCCAAUGAUAUUCCAGUGAUCAACAACCCAUCAAUCGUUUGUGAAAGGCCUCAAUUCCAAAUUCUUUAUGAAGAGCUUGGCUCCAUGAUCCAAACCCUUUUCAACCAUGAAGACCAAGAUCUACACAACUUUGAAGAAGUCAGAAAACUGAAGAAAAGGUUUAUAGGUGCAGCUGAAGAGGCAGAAGAUAUCGUUGAUAUCUUUCUAUCUGCUGUCCACUGUAGAAAUAUUGGAUAUUCCCCUAGAUCUGAUGUCUUUCAAACCUCUCUCCACCUUGAAGUUGUUAUGAGAUCAAUUGAGUCUAUCAAGAAAGAGUUCAUGACUAUGAAUAUCGAUAACAUGAAGAUGGACUCUUCUCUUAAAACUGACAGACUGCAAAUGCAAUCUGCUGGAGCUUCCCGCAAUAGAAGUUCACUCGGAUCGAAGAAAGUAGUGGAAGAAAUGGUUGUGGGGAUUGAUCGUGAUGUUGAGAUAAUACGGGACAAACUUGUUGAAGAUGGAAAGAAGUUGGAUGUGGUGUCUAUUGUUGGUAUGGGUGGAAUAGGUAAGACAACCCUUGCUAAAAAAGUCUUCACUGAUCCUUUUGUUGUUUAUCAUUUUCAUGUCCGUGGAUGGGCCACUGUUUCCCAAACAUAUGACAAGCGGGAUUUUUUUCUUCGAGUUCUGUCAUCUAUGGAUGAUCAGUUAAAGCUUGAGAAAGCAACAGACUUUCAGCUUCGUGAAAUGUUGCAUAAACGCCUACUGGGUAAGAGAUAUCUGAUUGUCAUUGAUGAUAUCUGGAGUACAGAGGCAUGGGAUAAGCUGAAGUUAUUUUUCCCUAAUCAUAACACUGGAAGUCGAAUUCUGCUUACUAGUCGCCUUACUGAAGUUGCUUCACACGCAAAAUCAGAUGGACUCAUUCAUCAUUUACAACAUUUGACAGAAGAAGAAUGUUGGGAGUUGCUGUGUGAGAAGGUGUUCCAAGGAGAUGAAUGUCCCAAAUGGUUGCUUGAACCUGGAAUGCAAAUUGCAAAAAACUGUCAUGGAUUGCCUCUUUCUGUGAUUGUGAUGGCAGGAGUUCUAGCAAAAGAACCAAGAAGAAAAGAUGUAUGGCUAAAAAUUUCUUGUAGUGUCCAUUCGUACAUGGCUAGUGACGAGAAAGGAUGUCUGGAAACAAUAGCAUUAAGUUACCACCAUCUGCCUCUUCACUUGAGAGACUGCUUUCUCUAUCUUGGAGGGUUUCCAGAAGACUACAGGUUCUAUUCACAAGAGUUGCUUUGGUUAUGGAUGGCUGAGGGAUUUAUACAAGAAGAUGGAAGUCAAAUCUUGAAGAAAAUUGCAAACGGUUACCUGAUGGAUCUAGUCGACAGAAAUCUUCUAAUUGUAGAAAAUAGGUAUGUAUUGGGAGAUAUCUAUGUUUGUAAAGUCCAUGAUCUUGUGAGGCAGGUAUGUGUGGAAAAAGGAAAAGAAGAAAGAUUCUUCCUGAAAAUAGACUCCCCACCAUCAAAUCGUCUUUUUGGUAUCAUAGGAAAACAAAAUAAGAAAUUGAGAAAUUGGAAAAAGGUAAUUACCACACAUAAGCCACACCGUGUGGUUACAUAUCAAGAAAUCAACAUUAAGAGAUUGUCUCUUCCGCCCACCCCAAGUAUUCGGUCGUUUCUAAGCAUUCUUCAUAGGAUGUUAAAUCCGGAGAACAAAACAACCAAAAUUCAAAAUAGCUCAAAGUUUUUCUGUUCCUUUGCACGUCGUAGGGUGUUAAAGCCAGAAAAGUUUUUCUGUUCCUUUGCACUUCUUAGGGUGCUAAAUCUAGAAAAAUAUGAAUCGGUUGAUUUUUCCCCCGGUUUAGCAUUACUAGUUCACUUAAGGCACCUUAACAUUUGGCUGUCAUCAUUCCCAACAUCAAUAUGCAAUUUAUGGAACCUUCAAACCCUCAUUGUUAGAACAAGUUCUAGUUCUAUGGUUUUACCUAGUAACAUAUCAGAUUUGGUGAAUCUGAGGCACUUAGGCAGUAACGCGGAUCUUUAUCUUCCUUCUAUUGAAGGACCGAUGAAACUACUGGAAGUUAUUUCGAAAGUGGUGUUGGGAGAUGGGGUAGAUAAUUUUCAGAAAUGUUUUCCAGGGAUCAAGGAUCUUAUAACUACUCUUUACUCUGACGAGGAAAAUGACUUUGAAGUACUCCAUCACCUUCAAUCAUUGGCGUUAACUGGGUCGGGCUACAGCAGAAGGAGAUCAGUUGAGGGAGAAUUGCUGAGAGGUGAACCGAACUUGGGAAAGAAUCACAUUAUAAUUAGGUUCCCUGCAACACUGAAACUACUUUUACUUGAAAGGUGUGGUCUACCGUGGAGCGACAUGUCCAUCAUUCAAGCGUUACCUAAUCUUGAGGUUCUUGUACUAAGAGAAAAUAGCUUUGAAGGAACCCUGUGGGAAAUAGGUGAUGAGCAGUUUCAACGACUAAAAGUCUUGAUACUUAUGAAGUUAAAUAUCAAACAAUGGGAAGCCUCAAGUAUCAACUUUCCAUGUCUUGAAAGAUUAGAUGUGAAGACCUGCAUUGAUCUUGAAGAGAUACCCCUUGAAUUGGGGGAAAUCUCAACGCUUGAGUUUAUUUAUGUUAACAAUUGUGAUGCUUCUCUUCUCGAAUCCCUUCAAAAAAUACGACAGGAGCAAGAUGAUGUGGGAAACUAUGAACUAAAGAUCAAAGUUGAUGGAAGGUAUAUGCCUUCUUAUGUACCCCAUCAUGAUGAUUAA